CCGGCCCACCGCCCGUCCAAUCGCAUGCAUCUGGGAGGGGAGCAGGCUUGCUUUAAAAGUUGCAUCUGGUGUCGGUGAGCACAGGAUCUACCGACCCGCACAGGAAAACCUAGAGCCGGCAAAAUGGUUGAAUGGACAGACUUCGAGCGCGCCACCAUCCAGGACAUCUUCGCCAAGAUGGACUAUGACGACGUGGGCCCUGCUGCUCUUUCCAGGUGUUUGGUUGUCUACCCCUGGACUCAGAGGUAUUUCGGCAACUUUGGAAACCUCUACAACGCCGCUGCCAUCAUUUCAAACCCGAUGGUUGCAGCUCACGGAAAAGUUGUCCUCCACGGUCUGGACCGGGCUCUGAAGAACAUGGACAGCAUCAAGGAAACCUACGCCGAGCUGAGCGUGCUCCACUCCGAGAAACUGCAUGUGGACCCCGACAAUUUCCGGCUGCUGGCCGACUGUCUGACCAUUGUGGUGGCUGCUCGGAUGGGCAAAAACUUCACCGGUGAUGUCCAGGCAGCUUUUCAGAAGUUCCUGGCCGUGGUGGUGUCCUCCCUGGGAAGGCAGUACCACUAGAGAGCUGCAGCAGAAGAGAAGACCAUCACAUAUGAUCAUGUGUUGAGAGGCUUUUUUUCUCGUCAAAGAACCAAAUAAAACAAAAAGCACACUCAACAAGUUGCCUGUGAUGAUGUUCAAAAUAGAUUGUGUUACGAUAUUACACAA